AUGAGGAUGUGGGCUGGUCUUGUGGGCUGGGCUUGUACCACCCUCUGCCUGGCUUCCUGCUCGUCUGCCUUUUCCCAUGGUGCCAGCAUGAAGGCCUGUGAGGACAUGCAGCCCAAGCACAUCCGAGCCCAGCCUCAGCCCCAGGACACUCGCCACGUCACUAUCCACACUGGCAGGUCUUCCUAUGCACCAGGUGACAAGAUUCCAGUGACGGUGAGAAGCAGUCGUGACUUCAUGGGAUUUCUACUUCAGGCUCGAAGAGUGUCUGAUCACCAAGUCACUGGCACUUUUGUUUUCACUCCUCCUCGUUCCAAACUGAUGACUUGUGUUCAAGCGGCUGAUGCAGUCACCCACUCUGACAAGUCCCUGAAGAGAACCCUGUCAUUCAUGUGGAAGGCCCCUGCCCAGCCUGUGGGGGACAUUAAAUUCCUUUUAUCGGUAGUCCAGUCAUAUUUCGUUUACUGGGCGAGGAUUGAAUCAUCUGUUGUGUCUCAACAGACACCUGGCAGCGCCCUUUCUGACGACCGCGUGGAGCCCAGAUUACCGAUGCCAACCCUUCACCAGAGGCUGGCUCAUGUUGAAGGAGCUGCCCCAGCUCCCAGGGCCCCCAUCACUCUUCCACAGCAGCGCACACAUGUCUUUGCCAUUGCCCUUCCUGGAGCUGCAGAGGAAGAUAACCUAGAUCCUGCUUCUGCCAGUAUUUGGGUGACAAAGUUUCCUGGGGAUACAGAGACUCUGUCCCAACCAUCUUCACACACCGCCACUGAAGGCAGCAUGGGCCAGCAACUCAGGGACAGCAAUCCAACCCUAGAGCCAUCCCUGGAGGUCCACAGGCUGGAGAGGCUUGUGGCCCUCAGGAGAGUCUACUUAGAGGGCUUUGCUUCCAGCCUUAGCGCCCAUCACAGAACUCAGGAUGAUCCCAGCUUUGAUUCACUGGAAACUUGCCUGUCCUCAGAUGGGGGUGAACAGGACAAGACGAAGGCUUCUAACAGGACCAUGACACGGCCUCCUCUGUACACCGUCCAGCUUACCCAUCCCCAGCGCCUCUGGUCCUCUGAAACUUUCACAGGGAAUGGGGCUGGGGCAGGCAACCCAAUCCCUGUCCUCCAGACCUCUGGCACUUCUGGGCUACCUGCUUCUGGUGACCAGUCAGAGGCAUUCAGGCCAUCUGCCAGCUUCUUACCUCAGUCAAAGCACAAGGAACCCAGAGCAGGGAAGGGAGAUGGGGAGGGUGGAGUGGGAUACCCUCGGCAGACCAACUCACGGCCUGACAUUGGGCUAGAGAGAGCCCAGGCCCCUCUGGGAUUCCAGCUCAGAACUCCCCAGCUGGGAAUUCUGCUUUGCCUGUCAGCCACCCUGGGUAUGGCCCUGGCCGCUGGCUUUCGCUACCUGCAUACCCAGUAUUGCCACCAGCGGACAGAAGUGUCCUUUAGUGAGCCAGCUUCAGAUGCUGUUGCCAGGAGUGACAGUGGUGAGACUGUGCACGUCAGGAAGGUUGGGGAGAACAGUUUUGUUUUGGUUCAAGCAGAGUACAAUUGGAUCACUCCUUCUGUGGGUAGCAAGAAAACAGUCCUCUGA